AUGCGUAUGUUUGAUCAAUUAAAAUUUGAUGAUAUAUCCGAAUCAAAAAUUAGUGGUCCUAUCGUGAAUGGAACAGGAUUUUUUCAAUAUAAAAAUGAUGUUCAGAAUUAUGAAUUUGAUAAUGAUUUAACUUUUCAUUAUCAGAACCGAAUUAGUUCAGAAAAUGGUCAAAUUCAAUUCAACUCAGUAUUCAAUGAGUUCGAUAAAGUAACCUUCUAUAAUAGUAACCCCAAUAAUUUAGUUAGUAUUAAAGUUAGUUUAAUUCCAAAGGCUGAGAAUCCGAACCAGUUUUUAAAUUUUAGUUCUUUGGGUAUUGGAUGUAAAGAUUCACCUAUGUUGGAGUGGGGAAAGGGUUUGCCGAAUGUUAAUGUUUUCCUUACUGGAAGUGACGAUUAUCGAAUCACUGGAGGCUCAUUCCUAUUGGAUAACAUAUAUAGUAACCAAUGCCUCAGGAAAAGAACCUUGAGCCAACAUAUUCAUACACUUGGACAUUAUAACAAAGGUGGCUUCGAUGGAAAUUCCAAGUUUAAUGUUCUUCAUAAUCCUUCUUCUCUUCAUAUGAUAUUUGAAAGGUCGGCUCAGGACUUUUACUUUAUAGUCGGAUCAGUGGAUCAAGAAGACCAACUCUUUAUUACUGCAUUUGAUGAAAAUGGUGUUCAAUAUAAUAUUUACAACAACUGGAAGAACCCUACGUAUGGAUCAUUAAAGGAGAGUGACAUUUUUAAUCAAAUAAGAUACCAAAGUAGAGGUGAUCAUAUGUAUUUAUCUUCUAUCAUUUCCGAUCAUUCAAACAAUUUUCUUUUGUUUGCAGUCAAGAGAAAUACAAGUAAAAUUAUUGUUGAAUAUGCUACCACAAAUUCCGGUGGAUCAGUUUUCUAUUCAUUGUUUGGUAUUGUAAACUAUGGGUUGGUAGAUGAAAGUAAAUGUGAACCUUCUACUCUUCACCGAUUAACUAUUGAUUAUAACAACUCUGUCAAUGGUUCUCCAAAUUGUCCAUGCCUGAGUAAUACGAUAGGCACUGACCAAAGAGUACCAACUUUUACUUUUGAAUAUAAGCCAGGUAGUUGUGAAGCUCAUUUGGUAGCCAGAGUAUAUUUAGUUGAUCAAAUGAACCAAGGAUCUGGAGUAGUGAGUACAUGGAGAAUCGAAAUCAUCAAUUAUUCACCAUUCCCAAUUUCCAAUAUUGUCUUUUCUUUGAACUUGGAGCCCAAAGAAAAAUGGGAAAUGAGAUCAUACAAUGGAGACUUUAUUUUGCCACAGUGGAGACUUAACAAUCCCAUUCAUACUGGAGAAUUCCAUAGUGCUGGUAUUCGAAUUGAUAGUGCAGAAUCUUUAAAAGUAAUCAUUUUAGAUUCUGAUUGCCAACCAAAAGUUAUUAUCCCAAGUCCUCCUCUAAUUGAAUUAGAGACUUUACCACCCAAUCCAUAUCCAAGAACAUUUACACCAUAUUCUCAAAGUUCCUCUAGUGAAUCUAUUCCUCCAAAUCCACCAGGAUUUUCACCCCAAGUUUCAACCACAAUAUAUGACAUUUCGUCUAAUAAUGUUGGAACACCCUUCCAUUAUAAUUCACAACAACUCAACACAGGUUUUGAUUUUACUGGAGUGGGAGCUGAAAAUACCUAUUCUUUCAGUUCAUUUUCCGGAAUAUUCUCCCCCGAAACAACAUACGAUUUAAGUGGAAGUACCAUAGGUGAGAUUCCCUCAUUCACUCCAAUUCAGAGUGGUCCACCAAAUAUUCAACCUCCUUAUAGUUCUGAAGAGGAACACACUUUGUCAACUCCAUCAUUACCAAUUUCCACAGCAAUAUAUACAACUUCCAAAUCAACAACUUCUACCCCUCCCAUUGACAUUAGUAGGACUGAUAGUUUCAAUCCCCAUGGAGAAGUGGUCUUUCCUACAAGUACAAUAGGAUCAACUACCUCAACAUCUACACUUAGUUCAUCAAGUUCUUCAACAAUAACAGAAGUCCAAUCUACUCCAAAACCAACUACUAUAUCCACAAGUACAACAAUGAAUUCUGGUAUACCCACCCCUACACCAUCAAGAACCAGUACAUCCUCUACAACAAGUGGUGUCCAGACAACCCCAACCCCAACUCCCCACCACCACCGAAGAACAACAAAUUCAUUUGAGUUCAUUGCCGAGCCACCUGAAAGUACAACUUCUACCACUUCUACAACUACGAUCUCUGGUAGGCCAUCUACGAUAAGUACAAUAACAACAACUAAUUCAGUUCCAACACCAUCUCUACCAUCGGCAUCAACAACUUCUGAUCAACAUGGUCAGUCAAUAAAUCCGCCAUCUAUAACAAUGUCCACUACUUUGUCAACUACUAAUUCAGUUCCAACACCAUCUCCACCGUUAGCAUCGACAACUUCUGAUCAACAUGGUCAGUCAAUAAACUCACCAUCUACAACUACGAUCUCUGGUAGGCCAUCUACGAUAAGUACAAUAACAACAACUAAUUCAGCUCCAACCCCUUCUCCACCAUUGGCAUCAACAACUUCUGAUCAACAUGGACAAUCAAUAAAUCCACCAUCUACAACAAUGUCCACUACUUUGUCAACUACUAAUUCAGUUCCAAAACCAUCUCCACCGUUAGCAUCAACAACUUCUGAUCAACAUGGACAAUCAAUAAAUCCACCAUCUACAACAAUGUCCACUACUCUGUCAACUACUAAUUCAGUUCCAACACCAUCUCCACCGUUGGCAUCAACAACUUCUGAUCAGCAUGGCCAAUCAAUAAACCCACCAUCUACAACAAUGUCCACUACUUUGUCAACUACUAAUUCAGUUCCAAAACCAUCUCCACCGUUGGCAUCAACAACUUCUGAUCAGCAUGGCCAAUCAAUAAACCCACCAUCUACAAUGAGUACAACAACGACCACUACUUCAGAGCCAACACCAUCUCCACCAUCUGCAACGAGUACAACAACCACCAAUUCAGCCCCAACACCAUCUCCACCAUUAGCAUCAACAACUUCUGAUCAACAUGGUCAAUCAAUAAAUCCACCAUCCACAACAACCACUCUAUCAACUACCAAUUCAGCUCCAACACCUUCUCCACCAUCUACAACAAUGUCCACCACUCUAUCAACUACUAAUUCAGCUCCAACACCUUCUCCACCAUCUACAAUGAGUACAACAACCACUAAUUUAGCCCCAACACCAUCUCCACCAUUAGCAUCAACAACUUCUGAUCAACAUGGUCAGUCAAUAAACCCACCAUCUACAAUGAGUACAACAACGACCGCUACUUCAGAGCCAACACCUUCUCCACCAUCUACAAUGAGUACAACAACCACCAAUUCAGCCCCAACACCAUCUCCACCAUUAGCAUCAACAACUUCUGAUCAACAUGGUCAAUCAAUAAAUCCACCAUCCACAACAACCACUCUAUCAACUACCAAUUCAGCUCCGACACCUUCUCCACCAUCUGCAACAAUGUCCACCACUCUAUCAACUACUAAUUCAGAGCCAACACCCUCUCCACCAUCUACAAUGAGUACAACGACAACCACUAAUUCAGGUCUAACACCAUCUCCACCGUUAGCAUCGACAAUGUCUGAUCAGCAUGGUCAAUCAAUAAAUCCACCUCCAACAACAACUCUAUCAACUACCAAUUCAGCUCCAACACCUUCUCCACCAUCUACAACAACCACUAAUUCAGUUUCAACACCAUCUCCACCAUUAGCAUCAACAACUUCUGAUCAACAUGGAGAAUCUAUAAAUCCACCUUCUACUAGUAGUAGAGGAUCAACCCCAGAUUCACAAUCUGAUAGUUCUGAUUUUUCAAUUGAUUUACCUAUUGAUAUAACAUCAACCGCCUCUACAACUUCCACAAUAGGAUCACCAAUAACUUCUUCAACCAGUAUAUCAAUAACUUCCUCAUCCUCCUCUUCAAUACCAGCUACUUCUUCAUCAACCACCACUUCUACAACAUCUACCGGUACUAUACCAGUAACAUCUUCAUCAUCAACUAUCGGUACCACAGAACCAUCUACCAGUUCAAUAUCAACUACUUCUUUAUCUACAGGUUCCAUUCCAGCAAUUUCAUCUUCUACAGGUGGCGCACCAACCACAUCUACUACAACAUCAACUGGUACUAUACCAGCUACAUCUUCAUCAUCUACUAUCGGUACCACAGAACCAUCUACCAGCUCAAUGUCAACUACUACUUCAUCUACAAGCUCCAUUCCAACAACUUCUUCAUUAACCACAGGAUCAGCACCAACUACUUCAACAUCAUCUUCAAGUUCAACACUAAAUACUUCAUCAUCUACUAUCGGUACCGUACCAACUACUUCUACAUUAACUCCAACAAAUAUUGGAACUACCUCUUCAACCACCCUAGAAAUUGAUACUCGAUCAAAUAUAUUUUGUAGACCCCCGUGUGCUCCAUCUCCAUCUCUCCCGAUAACACCAGAUAAUUGUAUUUGUCCAACAAACACCGAAGGAAACCAACAUCCUCCAAGGAACUCUCCACAAAACACUAAUCCAACAAUUGCACCCUCAACAACAACAACAUCAACAAUGCCAAUAUCCACCACAUCUACCAUAGAAGGACAAACGACUCCCACCCCGACUCCAUCUUCAAAUGGAACACAAACAAAUAUAUAUCCACGUCCAGUACCAACUAAACCACCUUAUAUACCACCUCAUCUAGUACCAGGAACACCUCGUUCAAUCUUAUUCGAUGGCGACGGAGAUGUGACACCUGCAGGAAGAAUAGAACUGAUGAAACCAGAUCCACAAGGUUUGCCUUCAAGUAAUUCGCCAUUAUUGGUUGAUCAUGCUCAGGUGUAUCAAUAUUUCCGUGAAACCUCAAAGGUUCAUCCAAUUGAAGGAGUAAAAGCUUUUCUCUUUGUUCCAAUGUUUUACGAUGUCAAAUAUGCAGCUGUAUCAGAUAAAAAUGGAACAGUGCAUUUCAAAGAUUCAGAUUUAAAUAUGAACCAAAAGAUAGGAGUGGAAUUCGAAAUUCCAAAAGGAAUGAUGAUCACAAGAGACCACCCACCAUUCACCACAACCUUACCGUAUGAAGUUCAAUUUGAGAAUAUCAGUGCCGGUGCGAAUGAUAAUAUGUUUAUUAUGGGAAUGGUUUGGAAUGAUACCUCUGGAGAUGGACAUUUUACUGUCGGUAGAGAUCAUCCUUUGAGUAAUAUAACAAUGAGACUUUACGUUGACGACAAUGCUGUAGCAGAGGCUGUAACCAAAGAAAAUGGUAUCUAUAUCUUUGAUAUUAGUCGACCAUUUACCAAUGGCUAUAUCGAGGUUGACCAUCAAUACCAAGAUGUAUUUACCACAGCUCCCGUCAGACAUUCCAUCAUUGAAGAUUUGCCAUCAUCUCAAAGCAUCCUGAGAGCAAGCAAAUCAUUUACAUAUUUCUCAACUGGAGGCUUCGAUGAUGAUUUCAAAGUCAGAUCGCCAACCUUUGAUGCUCCACAUAAUUUUUGGGGACCAAACUUUGCUCUCACCUCCAAGAGAGUACCACCAAGAGUAGUAAAAAGAAAAGAUAUAGCAAAUAUCAAUAAUAAAAAUUAA